AUGCGCCCUUGCCCCUCCAAGCACGGCCGUUCCCCUGGGGGUACUGGCAAGGGGGCAGGCAGCGAGCACGCGGGACUGGCCGGCUGGUUUGGUCGGCUUCGGGGGAGCGCCUCUCCGGCCUUUCGGCACGUUAAUCCCACACUGGGGCCCAAUGGCUGGCAGGCAGGCAUGGCCGGCGCGGGGGCCAGGGGAGGACUGGCCAUCCGCGCCAACAGCGACGGAAGAGAGAGCAAACCCUCCACGUCUUCAGGGAACGUCCGGACGCGGACCUGCGUCCCUCCAGGUCCGGCGAACUCCCCAGGGCGGAAUCGUUGGCGCGAGGGGCAGCAGCAGCAGCAGCCACACGUGCCGCCACAGCCCGCCGCCGCCGCCCCCGAACCUCCGGCACGGUCGAGGAUAAAGGCCUCGCCGUUGGUGCUUUUGCGGAACCCGCCCGGCCCGGGGCCGCUGCUCGACCUCCUCAGCCCACUACUCGUCACCAGCCCGCCAGCGAGACCCGGUCCCCCCUUCCAAGAGGGAACAGGGAACAGGGAGGCAGGGAGGGAGAGAGGUAGGGAGAAAGGAGAGCGGCCGGAAAGGGGGGAACCAACACGGCGCGCUGUUUCGCCUCACUCUCAAGAGAUUCUCGUAGCGGCCUUCCCGGAGAACGGGCGGGGGCUGCUGUUGAGCACACCCGCAGCCGUCCGUACUGUGUCCCGGGAGGCAAUGUCACGACACUCGAGGGAAGGUGGCAGCCGUCCUUCGAAGAAGGCACAGGGCCGCCGCAAUCCAGUCAGUACUCCUGGAGACCGUGCACCAACGUCCCCCGCGGCCAGGGGUCCUGCCACGGCCGAGCCGCCUGCUUUGCCCCCCAACCGUUCCCUGGGGGUACUGGCAAGGGGGCAGGCAGCGAGCACGCGGGACUGGCCGGCUGGUUUGGUCGGCUUCGGGGGAGCGCCUCUCCGGCCUUUCGGCACGUUAAUCCCACACUGGGGCCCAAUGGCUGGCAGGCAGGCAUGGCCGGCGCGGGGCCAGGGGGAGGACUGGCCAUCCGCGCCAACAGCGACGGAAGAGAGAGCAACCCUCCACGUCUUCAGGAACGUCGGGACCUGCGUCCCUCCAGGUCCGGCGAACUCCCCAGGGCGGAAUCGUUGGCGCGAGGGGCAGCAGCAGCAGCAGCCACACGUGCCGCCACAGCCGCCGCCGCCGCCGCCCCCGAACCUCCGCACGGUCGAGGAUAAAGGCAGCCGUCCGUACUGUGGUCCCGGGGCAAUGUCACGACACUCGAGGGAAGUGGCAGCCGUCCUUCGAAGAAGGCACAGGGCCGCCGCAAUGUGCGUUCGACACGUCGAUGGAAUCACGGAGAAUUGCGAUAGCCACCAAAACUUCGCUUCUUGCCGCGGUCUUCCCACGAGCCAAGUGAUCCCCCGUUAA